AUGGCGGCUGCGACUCGCGGCUGCCGGCCCUGGGGCUCGCUCCUCGGGUUGCUAGGGCUGGUCUCGGCCGCGGCCGCCGCCUGGGACCUGACUUCGCUGCAUUGCCACUUCGGCACCUUCUGCGAAUGUGACUUCCAGCCCGACUUUCAGGAAAGAUCUUAAGAGCUGGGUCCAGGGAAACCUCACAGCCUGCAGCCGCUCCCUCUUCCUCUUUGA